AUCUGGAAGCCGAAUCUAGAGACCAGACAAAUGGCCGUCUCCAGCUGAGAGUUGGAAUGUUUUCGUCCGAGCUGCGGCUGAUAAGCGAGCGCGAGAGAUAAGUGUCGAGGGCCGCGGGCAAAGAGCAGGCAAGACAGUCAUCGGACACGGCCGCCCGGACCAGAUGGCAGCGAGCGCGUGCUGAGAGAACUGCGCAAUGUCGACGCACAAGCCCGGCGGCCAGCCCGGCCGCAAGCGGGUGCAGGUGUCGUUCGUGAUCCGGGACGAGGUGGAGAAGUGCCACCGGUCGGGCGUCAACUCGCUGCAGUUGGACCCGCACCAGCAGCGCCUCUUCUCCGCCGGCCGCGACUCCAUCAUCCGAAUAUGGGACACCAAGAAACUCCAGGACCCCUACGUCCAGUCCAUGGAACACCACACCGACUGGGUCAACGACAUCGUCCUCUGCUGCGGCGGAAAAAACCUUAUUUCGGCGAGCUCGGACACGACUGUGAAGGUAUGGAACGCGCACAAGGGCUUCUGCAUGUCGACCCUGCGCACCCACAAAGACUAUGUGAAGGCGCUGGCGUACGCCAAGGACAAGGAGCAGGUGGCGUCGGCCGGCUUCGACAGGGCCAUCUUCCUGUGGGACGUGAACACCUUGACGGCGCUGACGGCCAGCAACAACACGGUGACCACCUCCUCGCUGACCGGCAACAAGGACUCAAUUUACAGUCUGGCCAUGAACUCGUCCGGCACCGUGCUGGUCAGCGGCAGUACGGAGAAGAUCCUCAGAGUCUGGGACCCCAGGUCGUGUGGCAAGCUGAUGAAGCUCAAGGGCCACACGGACAACAUCAAGGCGCUGGUGCUGAGCCGCGACGGCACGCAGUGCCUGUCCGGCAGCUCGGACGGCACAAUCAAAUUGUGGUCCAUCGGCCAGCAGCAGUGCGUCGCCACCAUCAAUUGCCACACGGACGGCGUCUGGGCGCUUCAAGCGCCUGACUCGUUCAACUACGUCAUUUCUGGCGGCCGAGACCGCAGAGUAUACGCCACAGACCUGAAACAGACUGAAAGGAGCGUUCUGGUCUGUGAGGAGGAGUUGUCCGUUUUGAAGGUGGUCACCACUCCAGACCAGCAGUCCAUGUGGGUGGCCACUGCAGAUUCAACCAUCAGAAAUUGGAAACUGCCUGUAAAAGAUGGUAAGCUGUUAGACGAGGAUGGUGAGGAAGCGGACAAGGGCAGCGGGCAGCGGAGGGCAAAGUUCUCGGAGCCUGAGCACGAGAUCAAAGGCGGCCCGGCCAUAAUCGAGUACCACGUGCUGAACGACAAGAGGCACGUGCUGACAAAGGACACAGAAGGCUGCGUGUGUCUGUACGACGUGCUGCGUGCGAAGCAGGUGUCCAUGCUCGGCCGCACAGACUUCAACAACGAAGUGACCGAGCGCUCCAAGAAGCGGGUCUACGUGCCCAACUGGUUCAACGUCGACCUCAAGACUGGGAUGUUGACCAUCCACUUGUGUCAAGAGGAAAACGACUGUUUCUCAGCGUGGGUGUCGGCGCGAGAGGCUGGUUUCUCUCAGUUUGAGUCGCCAGACUCAGUCGACCAAAAAGUCAAUUACGGCUCUCUACUUCUGCAAGCGUUACUGGAGCACUGGUGGCGUCCGAACGGAGAAGAGGACCUGGAGGGCGCCAAUGGUGAUGCCCACUCAGGCCAUCAGGGCGGCAACGACUUUUUCCAGGUGCCGCCGCACACGCCCCUCAUUUUUAGUGAGGUUGGAGGGCGCACCCUGUACAGACUGCUAGUGAAGGACGCGGGAGGCGAAACGGAAGGCCUGCUGCUCAACGAAACCGUGCCACAGUGGGUGGUUGACAAGAACCUGCCCAAGUUCAUCAAAAUUCCUUUCUUCCUCCAGCCGCAUCCCUCUUCUGGCAUCAAAAGUGUCAAAAAGGAGCGGCUGAUAGCUAACGAUUUUAUCCAGAUCCGCAAGGUGGCCGAGCACGUGCUGGAAAAGGUGCUGAACGCGGAGGUUCCCGCGUCAGGGGCUGCGUCGGCGGCGCAGAACGGGCCUAACAGCUCGGACCUGGGCGCCGCCGCCGCGAGCCACUCGGACCCUUCGACGCCGCCGGAGGCUCGCGUCGAGCUGCUGUGCAACGACCAGCUGCUGGACCCGAACAUGGACCUGCGCACGGUCAAGUACUACAUCUGGAAGUCGUCGUCCGACCUGGUGCUCCACUACAGGCCCCUCAAAUGAACGAACAAACAAUUUCAGUGCGCCUCAUCCUACGAAUUGCGAGUGCGAACGCUCCUCCCUCCCGCCCGCCUGCCCGCCGGCGAUAGUAUUAAGCUACGAUGAAGCAUUCAUUCCAGUCAGUUAUGAGUUUCGAGAUUCCAUCAGUAAAUAUUAAUUGAUAAGAAGAAUUAUGAUGCCGAGGACUGUAUUAAAGGUUAUUCACUUUGUGGAACUUUCCAACGUUA